AGUAUUUCCCCUAUUUUAAUAAAGAAUAAAAAUACAAUCACAUGAAUCAAUGAAUCAUUAUAUCAUAACUCAUAAAAAAUAUUUGUUUUAUAAACUACUUUAACUAAUUAAUCACUAUCACGGUUUUUAUCAGUUUUUUAUUUUUUUGAAAAUCUGACGUAAAAACUUUCAAUUAUUGCGUAUUUCGAAUGAAUAUGCAAAUUAGUUAUGAUCAACAAUGUCAACAAAUGAUACUGAACAAUUAAUAAUAAAUAGUUGUGAAUCUCCAGAUGAUGUUCAAGUCAAUAGAUUUCGCAAUGUAAGCUCAAUAAAUGCAGGAUUAACUGAAGAUGAAAUUAAAAGUCCACUAUCUGCUUCAAUUAGACUUAGAAAAACAAAAGGAACAAAAGGAGCAAUUAUUCCUGGAUCACUAAAUGUUUUAUCAGCUAAAUAUGAGUCAUUGGAUUAUGAUACAUGUGAAAAUUAUCUUAUGCUUGAUGAAGAAAAGAAAAAAGGAUACAAGUUUAUAAUAAAAAAAAAUUUAGCAAGAUGGAUUUUAUUUAUUGUAAUUGGAAUGGUUACAGCGUUAAUUGCAUGUGCAAUUGAUAUAUCUAUUGAAGAAUUAUCGAAAAUUAAAUAUGGGUUUUUAAAACAAAGUGUUGAUAAAAAUGUGAUAUUAGGUAGUUUAUACAUUCCCUACUUAUUAUGGGUUGUUACAAACAUAAUUCCAGUAUUUAUAGGGUCAAUUUUAGUAGCGUAUGUGGAACCUAUUGCAGCUGGAAGUGGUAUACCACAAGUAAAAUGUUACUUAAAUGGUGUGAAAGUUCCUCGAAUUGUUCGAAUCAAAACAUUAUUUGUGAAAGCAAUUGGUGUUGUAACUUCCGUUGUAGGAGGUUUAGCUGGUGGUAAAGAAGGGCCAAUGAUACAUUCUGGUGCUGUUGUAGCAGCUGGAAUAUCUCAAGGAAAAAGUACAACAUUUGGUAGAGAUUUAGGGAUAUUUCAAUAUUUUCGGGAGGAUCAUGAAAAACGUGAUUUUGUAUCGGGUGGAGCAGCUGCUGGUGUGUCGGCCGCUUUUGGUGCACCUGUUGGUGGUGUAUUAUUUUCCUUGGAAGAGGGUACAAGUUUUUGGAAUCAGUCGUUAACAUGGAAAACUUUUCUUGCUUCAGUUGUAUCUACAUUUACAUUAAAUUUUGUUUUAUCAGCAUAUCACGGACAUCCAGGACAGUUAAGUUAUGCUGGACUCUUAAAUUUAGGAAAAUUUGAGAAUCUCGAUUAUGAAUUAUAUGAGUUACCAAUAUUUAUUUUAAUGGGAGCACUUGGUGGGCUGUUAGGUGCUAUUUGGAAUCAUAUUAAUUAUAAAUUGGCAGUAUAUCGUAUACGACUUUUAAAAAAGAGGUGGAUUAAAGUAAUCGAAGCAUGUUUGGUAGCUGGUAUGAGUGCUACCGUUGGUUUUCUAAUGAUGUUUUUCUUAAACGAUUGUAAACCUUUGGGCCAAGAUCCUACAGAUUUCCCCGUGCAAUUAUAUUGUAAUGAUGGUGAAUAUAAUGCGUUAGCUGCUAUUUGGUUCCAAACACCUGAGGCUUCAGUGAAAUCACUAUUUCAUGAUCCAGCUGGAAGUCAUCAUGCUAAAUCAUUAUUCACUUUUGUUAUUGUAUAUUUCUUGUUGUCAUGUUGGACAUUCGGAUUAAGUGUAUCAUCCGGCUUAUUUAUUCCAACACUUUUAACUGGAGCGGCUUGGGGUCGUCUAUUUGCUUCCGGUAUUAACGCUGUUUAUCCUGAAAUGGCAUUAGCAAAUCCUGGGAAAUACGCAUUAAUUGGUGCUGCGGCUCAGUUAGGUGGUGUUGUACGUAUGACAAUUAGUUUAACAGUUAUUAUAAUGGAAACCACUGGAAAUAUAACAAUUGCUUUGCCGUUAAUUAUUACAUUAAUUGCGGCUAAAUGGACUGGUGAUUUCUUUAAUGAAGGUAUUUACGAUACAUAUAUUCAAUUGGCCGGAAUACCCUUAUUACCAUGGGAGCCACCACCAUUAUCGCAUACGGUAUAUGCAAGUGAAGUGAUGUCACAUCCAGUUGUUACUUUUAAAACGGUUGAGAAUGUUGGACAUAUUAUUGAAGUGCUUAAAGUGUCCACGUAUAAUGGAUUUCCUGUUGUAGAUCCACCAUUAAGCGAUCAGCCAAUAGUUACGACAUAUGGUAGAUUACGUGGAUUAAUUUUACGCUCACAAUUAAUUGUUUUGCUACAAAAACGAUUAUUCAAUGAAACAGCUGAAUAUUGGGCCCAUAGUGAUUACGUUUCAAGUGAUAUAUUCCGUAAUGAAUAUCCAAGAUAUCCCACAAUUGAUCAUAUUGAUAUAUCUGAAGAAGAGAAAACAAAUUCUGUUGAUUUACGACCAUUUAUGAAUCCAGCACCGUAUACAGUAUUACAUUCAACAUCGUUACCACGUAUGUUCCGACUGUUUCGUGCACUUGGUCUACGCCAUUUACCAAUUAUCAAUGAUAUGAAUGAAGUUAUUGGUAUGGUUACACGUAAAGAUUUAGCUAGAUAUCGAGUUUGGCAUCAUCAUGGCCGAAUUGGUUUAGAUGAAUUACUUGUUUCAAAGGAUAUAUAAUUAUAUUUUGUUCUAGAACAGGAAUUUUAUUUCAUUUAGACAAUUUUUCUUGAGAAUUAAUUUGCGAAUUUAGUUUGUAUAGUAAUUUAUAUUCCCAUUUUUAUUUGAAAAAUACUUAACAUAGAUACGGAAGCCUGAAUGGUUCAUGAUCAAUUUAU